UAGGACUAAUAAAAUAGCGAGAUAUAGUUCUGUUACAUUUGCUCUAACAUGGGUUAUGGCAAGCUUGGUUUCAUUCUAUUCAACGAAGAAGACAACAAGAGACAACAAAAGAUUCCCUUUUUGUUCUGGUUCUCUGGUGGGUCUGGGCCAGUAUCAUAGAGGCAAUCUCAGUUUCUAUUGGACUAAUGAAGAACAACUUUGAAUACUUGGACUUCUGGAAUUUCUUGUCAGAGGAUGAUAACAUAGUUAGUGUGGUUUCCUUGCCUAUGUUGUUGUUGCUUUUGUGUUUGAAUUUAUGUGCAAGAGAAAAACAACACAACACUGACAUGGAACAGCUCUUGGUUCACCCUGGAGAAGAAGAAGAUGAUGAUGAUGAUGAAGAUGGAGAGAACUUCACAACUGCAGGGAUUUGGAGCCAACUCACAUUUCGAUGGCUGAAUCCCAUUUUUAGAAAGGGUCGAGUUCAGAAGCUUGAGCUUGCUCACAUUCCUGAUGUUCCUCAUUCUGAAACUGCAGAAAAUGCUUCUUCCUUAUUGGAAGAAUCGCUUGGCAAACAGAAACUUGAAGGGGCUUCCUUGGCUAAAGCUAUAACCAGUUCUGUGUGGAAGUCCUUGGCUUUAAAUGCAGUUUUUGCCGGGGUUAAUACAAUUGCAUCCUAUAUGGGUCCAUUGUUGAUUACAUACUUUGUGAAUUUUUUGGUGGAUGAUAAUUCCAAUUCAAGCAUGGAUGAUAAUUCCAAUUCAAGCAUCCAAUGCGGCCUCAUUCUUGCAUUCAUAUUCUUCCUCUCAAAGACAUUGGAGUCACUGAGCCAAAGACAAUGGUACUUUGGUGCUCAGAGAAUUGGAAUUCGAGUGCGCGCGGCUCUUAUGACUCUAAUUUACAGCAAGUCCUUAAUGAUCAAGUGUGCAGGGCCAACCCAUGGAAAAAUCAUAAACUUGGUGAAUGUGGAUGUUGAAAGAAUUGGGGAUUUCUGCUGGUAUAUUCAUGGAGUUUGGUUGCUUCCAGUUCAGGUUAUUUUGGGCUUAGUGAUAUUGUACAUAAACUUGGGAUUCUUGCCUUCAAUUUCUGCACUUGCUGUCACCAUUUUGGUUAUGGUGUGUAACACACCUUUGGCCAAUAUGCAAGAAAAAUUACACUCCAAGAUCAUGGAAGCUAAGGAUACAAGAAUCAAGAUGACUUCAGAGAUAAUGAAGAACAUAAGGAUACUGAAAUUGCAUUCAUGGGAAUCAACAUUCUUACAGAAACUUCUCCAAUUGAGAGACACUGAGAAGAGCUGGCUGCAGAAGUACCUCUACACUCACUCAGCAGUAGCCACUCUUUUCUGGACUUCUCCAACUUUGGUUUCUGUUGUUACUUUCGGCAUCUGCAUACUGGUGAACACAGAACUGACUGCGGCUACUGUCCUCUCAGCCUUGGCAACUUUUCGGAUUCUGCAGGAACCAAUCUACAAUCUUCCUGAGCUGAUUUCCAUGAUAGCUCAAACAAAAGUCUCUCUUGAUCGAAUCCAAGAGUUGAUCAAUGAAGAGGAUCAGAACCAGUUUGUGAACAAGCACACUUCAAAAGAUUCAUCAAUUGUUAUUGAAAUCAAGCCAAGUGAAUAUGCAUGGGAAACAAGUGAUGGAACCAACAAGAAACCAACAAUUCAAAUCACAGAAAACUUGAAGAUAAAGAAAGGUCAGAAGGUAGCAGUUUAUGGUUCAGUGGGGUCUGGAAAAUCAAGCUUACUUUGUUGUAUGCUUGGUGAGAUUCCAUUGGUUUCCGGGACAUUGAUCAAAGUCUAUGGAACAAGAAGUUAUGUGCCACAGAGUCCCUGGAUUCAAUCAGGAACAAUAAGAGAGAAUAUCCUGUUUGGAAAGGAAAUGAACAAGGACUUCUAUGAAAAUGUUUUGGAUGGCUGUGCUUUGCAUCACGAUAUCAACAUGUGGAGUGAUGGAGAUUUGAAUCUUGUGGAGGAGAGGGGCAUAAACUUAAGUGGAGGCCAGAAAGGCAGAAACAACGGAUUCAACUCGCAAGAGCUGUUUACAAUGAUUCAGCUUCAUUUCUUUCAAAGUACUUCACUAAGAACUGGACAUGCUGUACAGAAAUGCCUUAUGCAACUUUUGUUUGAGAAGACAGUUGUUUAUGCUACUCAUCAACUAGAAUUUUUGGAAGCUGCAGAUUUAAUUCUGGUAAUGAAAGAUGGAAAAAUAGUGGAGUCAGGAAGGUAUAAAGAACACAUAGCAUGUCCCAACUGUGAAUUUGUUCGACAAAUGGCUGCUCAUGAAGAAACAAUCAACCAAAUAAAUCCAUGGCAUGAAGAGAACUCUAUUAGCUGCAGGCCCCUUCAAAAGAAUCAAAUUGAAGUUGCUGAAGAGAAUCUUCAAGAAAGCAUAAGCAAUUGGAAGAGAAACAAAGAAGAAGAAGCAGAGACCGGUCGAGUGAAAUGGAGUGUUUACUCAACCUUUCUCACAUCUGCAUAUAGAGGAUCACUUGUUCCGGUCAUUCUUCUCUGCCAGAUUCUGUUUCAAGUGAUGCGAAUGGGAAGCAAUUAUUGGAUUUCUUGGGCUGCAGAACAAACUGGGAGGGUAACCAAAGGGAUGCUUAUGGGAACAUUUGUUCUUCUUUCUGGUGGAAGCUCUAUCUUUAUACUUGGAAGGACUGUUUUGAUGGCAGUGGUGGCUAUUGAGACAGCUCAGCGUCUUUUUCAUGGAAUGAUUACAUCUGUUUUCAGAGCACCUGUUUCAUUUUUUGAUACCACACCAUCAAGCAGAAUCCUCAGUAGGUCAUCAACAGAUCAAAGUACAAUUGACACAAACAUACCAUACAGAUUAGCAGGGCUAGUGUUUGCACUAAUUCAGUUGUUGAGUAUGAUCAUGCUAAUGUCGCAGGUCGCGUGGCAAGUCAUCCUUGUGUUUCUUGUGGUGUUUCCUAUCUCCAUAUGGUAUCAGGCUUAUUACAUUACUACUGCCAGGGAAUUAGCCAGGAUAGUAGGGAUCAGAAAGGCCCCAAUCUUGCAUCAUUUCUCAGAAUCUAUUGCUGGGGCCGCCACGAUUCGUUGUUUCAAUCAAGAACAAAUAUUCAUGACCAAAAUCAAGGAUCUUGUUGAUGAAUACUCUAGAGUAGCCUUUCAUAAUUAUGCCAUCAUGGAAUGUGAACAAAUUUAA